AUGGUUUUAGCCAGAGCAUACAAAAUCCAGUAUCCACGUCUCAAAAUUACUUGAAUGAAGUUUUAAAAAAAGUACCAGAUGGUAUUAUUAGAGCAUGUGAACAAGGAAAUAGGUUAACUUCUACACAGUUGACUAAUUUAGCUUCACAAAUACGAAUAUUUAUGUUAGACUGCUUGCAAGACUCAACUUUAGGGACUGCAAGGAUUAUUGCUGCACAGCUUUGUCAAAAAUUUACGAAAACUUUCACCACAGAAAUUUCAGAAGGAAACACAAUAUCAUUAGAGUGUUAUUUUCGCCAAAAAAUUUACUCAACAGUAAAUUAUCAUAAGGGUAAAGACUUGAAAGCUAAGAGAUGUAUAUUACAGGCUUUUGAUUCUGUAGACGAGGAUAUUUCACGACCUAGUAAAGUACAAAAAAAAGGUCAAUACGGUUGUGCAGCUGGUCAAUACACACCAUCGCUGCCUUCAAACGAUGAUGACUUGCAAUUACUAAAAAUAAAAUGUAGUAAUUUGAUUAAAUUCUACAAAGAUGGUGUAAACGUCAAAGAUGACAGAAUCAUGACCUUGAUGAAGGAUACGUAUGCACUUCAACGCCACGACAUAGUUUAUUCUUAUCCUUGUCUUGAUGACAGAUUUUUUGAAAAGUGGCCUUAUUUAAAAAAUUAUGAAAUUCUUUUUACACACGCUAGUCAAUUGAUAGGCGUAGAAAAUAUUCAAGAAAAGUGGAAAGAAGUAUUAGCUCGACAUAAUAAACCUAUUAUAGAAUUUUUAGAAGCUGAAGAACGAAUACAUGUAUUGCAAUCUCGUAAAAAACAAAAAAUAUCAAGUGACAAUUUAUUUAUUAGAAACACAAUACAUAAAGCUAAUAGUCAUGCAAUAAAUGUGUCUCAAAGUAAUAUUCCUUUAAUUGCAGUUAUAUUUCCAAUAAUCAUUCAUUUUUUUAAUGAAGAAGAAAAAUUACUUUACAUGGUCGUUGAUGACACUCUUAAUGAUGAACAAAUACUCAAUGUAGUAGAGUAUUGUACUCCAACACUUGUUGUAAAAGGCCAGUCACUUUGGGAUGAAGAAGCUACCUUCUCCAUUGUUCUCAAUAAAAAGUGUCAAGUUCAAGUUGACGAACUAUGCAAUGGAUUGUUGCUAACUUUUUUGUAUUACUACAUUUACAAUCUGUCUUACCCACAAAAAUUGUCUCGAACGCUCGAAUUUAUUCAAAGGUUUUUCCUGUUAAUAAAUCCACCAAAAGGCUCAAAGAAAACCUCUAAAUCUAGAAGAAGUGAAUCUACCGAUCUAAAAACGCAACAGUUUAUAGCCGACUUGACUGAAUAUAUUCACAGCAUACCAGAAUAGGAAAGUUCUGCCAGUUUUUUGUUAACUAUAGAAAGGAUUUUGUAAUAAGGUUUGAGAAUUAUGAUGUAGUCUCAAUUUAAAAAAAGAAAGCCUUCAGCAAAACAAUAAUUAACCUCAG